AUGCCCAGCUCUACUGCAAUGGCAAUUGGAGCUCUCUCUAGUUCUCUCCUCGUAACCUGCUGCCUCAUGGUUGCCCUCUGUAGCUCCACCAUACCUGUACAAAAACUGGCCAAGGCUCAAGACAAACAGGAGAUAAAGGCGAGCCAGGAAAAGAGGGAUCACACAUCUGCAAGGGACAGCCAGACAGGCCCGGGGAAAAUGAAUGAGAUCGGCAGGAGCGGGAGGGAGGAGGGCAGCAGGGACUGGAAGAGCAAAGGAAACAGGAACUACUCGAACAAGGAGUCUUGGACUAAGCAAAAGCAGGCUUGGAACAGCCAGGGGACGAGCAGUAAAUCCGGGAGCGUUCAAGUGCAGGAGCAAAGGGACGCCGCACCUGAGGAGCCUCAGGUGGCCGAAGAUUCGCCUCUCCCAGAAGCUGUUGCGAGCGUCACUCCCGAGCCUCCGGAGGAGUACGCCUACCCGGACUACCGCGGGAAAGGCUGCGUGGACGAGAGCGGCUUCGUCUACGCCAUCGGGGAGAAGUUUGCGCCGGGCCCCUCCGCCUGCCCCUGCCUCUGCACUGAGGAGGGCCCGCUGUGCAUGCAGCCCGAGUGCCCCAGGCUCCACCCUCGCUGCGUCCAUGUGGACACCACGCAGUGCUGCCCGCAGUGCAAGGAGAGGAAGAACUACUGCGAGUUCCGAGGGAAAACCUACCAGACCCUAGAGGAGUUCAUGGUUUCUCCGUGUGAGAAGUGUCGCUGUGAAGCCAAUGGUGAAGUGCUGUGCACUGUCUCAGCUUGUCCCCAGACGGAGUGCGUGGAUCCGGUGUACGAGCCCGAUCAGUGCUGUCCUAUCUGCAAAAAUGGCCCGAACUGCUUUGCGGAAACCAUUGUCAUUCCAGCAGGCCGGGAGGUGAAAACUGAUGAAUGCACUAUAUGUCACUGUACUUACGAAGAAGGCACUUGGAGAAUUGAACGGCAAGCUAUGUGCACAAGACAUGAGUGCAAACAGAUAUAG